AUGAAGGCUACCUUUGUUACCCUCAUCGGCCUUUUGGCUACCUCCGUUGCCGCCACCCCGCUCCAUCCCCACGUCGGUGUUUCCAUCGUGGCCAGGGGCGACGCCAAGCAGGGCGGCGACGCCAAGAAGAACGACAAGAACAAGCAGGCCGACAAAGCAGCGGGCAAAGCCGACAAGGCAGGGGCAAGCGGAGCCGACAAGGCGGUGGGCGGAGCCGGCAAGGCGGGGGCGGGCGCGGCCAACAACGCCACCGCUGGUGCCGGCGGCGCAGCUGCUGGUGGAGACAGCAAGGCCGGUGCUCUUGUCCUGCCUGAUGGUCGCAUCAAAAAGGAUGCAAAGCCGGAGGACUUUAACGUUCUUGCUAGCGUCUUCAAGAGCGCCGUCGUCAAGGGCGAUGGUCUGAACUUUAGCGACAUCGUCUCCUUCCCUAAUGUGGAUGCAUCUCUGUUUGACAAAGCUGGCAACACCAAGGCCUUCGCCAUCAACAUCGAUGACAAGUCCAUCUUCAUCCCCAAGGGCGGCGAGCCGCAGUCCAACAUCCGUCGUGCGGAUCUGCUGCCGAGCAUCCGCUCCCAGCUGGACAACGUGGCCGUGAAGGGCGUGCGCACCCUGCACUUUUCGGUUCAGCGCGACGCCACCAAGCCCCUCAACGAGACCCACGACUACCAGCUCGUGAACCUCGAGUCCGGCGACUUUAGCUUCCACCAGUUCGACGUCCGCACCGGAGCCGACAACAAGAAGGACAUUGCCAUCUUUGGAAACUCCAAGGCCGCCACUCCCGAGAAGAUCUUUUCGACCCCCUUUGGCGACAAGGGCUUUGAGAACUUUGCUCUCAAGCUGGAUUUCGAUGCCAACACCAUGCAAGUCUUCCACAGCACCGGCAACGAGCCCCUCAAGCAGGCCACCGAGCCUGUCAAGAACGACCUUGCCGGCCUCGGAGAGUACCACUUUUCCCUGGUCAAGAACCCCGUCGGAACUGCCACACAGCCCACCGGCAUCAAGGAGGCGAUCAUCUAUGGCGGCAUCUUCAUGGAGGACUCCACCGGCGGAAAGGUCACACUCCAGUAG